GCUACUGUGUUAAAUUUAAUAUAUGUUAAAAGCCACAAAAUAUAAGUUCAAAGUUUCAUAUACAAACUUCAUGUUCUGUUCUUUGUAUAAAUUCACAAUUAAAAAAAUUUAGAAAUCGUAAAAAGGGAUACUUCUCAUGUACAACAAAGGACUGAUCUCAUUGAUAUGGACUCUUCCUCUAGUGGUACAGAUUACAACUCAUCCAUUUCUUCUUACCCUUUUCAACUCUUGUACCAGAGUCCCUAUAAAUUCCCUGUGGGAGCACAUUCAAAAUAUUGGGGGUCUUCCUUUAUGUUCCUUGACAUUAUAUAGGUACCAGUGGAGCACUGGGAUUGUCCAUUUGUUAUUCCUUCCUCUUGCUGCAUGACCAGCAGUGUGGUAUACUGAAGGAGCAAUGGAUUUAGAGUCAGAGGAUCUAGGCUCCUGACUCUGACUCUUCUAUUUACUAUUCAUGUGAUUUUGGGCAAGUUAUUUCACCACUCUAGGCCUUGGUUUUCUCACUGUAAAAUAAAGUUGGACUUGACAACCUUUAAAUUACCUUGACUUAUAAAUACACCUUUUCAGACAUAUAUUUAAUACCUUUUAUGUUAUGUAAUUCAUCACAAGUAACAUGCUGACAUGUUCAGGCCCUUUAUGCAUAAAUAAUAGAAGAAAUGUGUGAUUGCAAAGGAUGUGGGCAGAUCAUGUAGUUGGAACAAGGGACAUAAUGGACUGCAUUGGGGCACCAAUUAAAUGUAAAAAAAAAGAAAAAAGAAAAAAAGCUUUGGGAAAAGCCUCCAGAAUAUUGAGCAUCAGAUUCACCAUGGACAAGUAUUAUACAUAAGAUCUGGGCUGAUUUUUAUCUGUACUGACGGAAGGAAUUACGGAUCCAUCAUAACACUAAAGUAUAUGGUAUGUUAAAUCUUUUGUGUGUUACUGAAAGCUCAGAACCCUGUAUUCAGUCAUACACAAGGGGGACAAAUUUGUAACCUUGUCUAGGUUUUAAAAAUCAACGGUUCUCGCUCAGCCACUGUAUGAUGGAAGAAUGGAAGUAGUCAAAGAUUCUAACCUUUCAAGCCUGGUAAGAUAGGUAGUAUCAGAAAUGAGAUUUGAACUCCAGAGCCAAUUCUCCCUCACCUCCCCCCCCCCCAAUAUAACACUGCUUUCCAAUUAAUUAGCCCUAGUGAUUGUUUCCUAGUUUAUAAAAAUGAGUCUAGAUUAUUUCAAACAUCCCUUUCAGUUAUAACUGUGUUUUAAGGUCCAUUCCAGCUCUUGCAUUCUGUGUUCACAAGUUCCUUCCAACCUUAAACCUUAUGAUUCUGUGCCUGUCUCCCAGAGGCUCCAAGUGUGUCACUGUCACACAAGGGAGCCAGCCGACUACUCCUCUGGCUUUAAAAAUACCAGACACACUCCCGUUUUCCUAGAGAGAUCGUGGGAGAUUCUCCAGGGCAUAGGCUUAAAUGACCUGGUUUCCCACUCCCUUGUGGUUCUGUAAGAUCUUCCUCCUGGGUGAUCUCUCCAGGAGUGGGUGAGGUACAGUUCUGACUCCAGCGUGGGGUUGUGGGCCGGUGCCUUCUCCUACCGGCUUCAGCCAUAGGAAGCUCCUGGUGCUCGGAGGGAGCUACCUGGAGUGGGGUUUAGGGGAUCACGGGAGUGUUGUGGCCAGUGCAAGCACAAGUGGGGUGUGACUAGCACUUCCCAGGGAAAGAUCUGUUUCCAGAGAAAGCCAGAAAUUGAGGAUUUCGGACUCCUGCCUAUAUGUCUCUAACUUUACAGUAUUAAUUCCUGGAGGGCGGUGCCCAUUUCUUCCAUUUCUUUUGUAGCUCCCUCCAUGAAUGAAGCAUGAGAAUCGCAGCCCAGAAGAGAGAUCUGAAUUCGAGUUGCCUUGAACUGCGUGUACCCUAGUUUGGGAGAAGCGCCGGACUCGGGAGUUCAAGAAGCCCAGGUUCAGAUCCCUCCUAAUCAUGCUGGUUCCAGGUUCUGCCGGGGCGAAGUCGCCAACCUUUCGGAAGCUAAGCCUGCUCCUCGGUAAAACAGGGUUGGCUCAUCCCGCCCGCUCCCCGGGGCGGUUCGGAGGAGAGCGCUGCCUCAGUGAGCCAUGAACUCUCUUCCUCUUUCCUGCAGCCGAUGCGCCCCCUCCGCCCAGCCGCACCAGCCGGGGAGGGGGGCGGGGUCACUCGGGUCCAAAACAAGUUCCCGGAGGUGCCGCGGCGGGCGCGCGGACAGGUGGGGGGCGGGGCCCCCGUGCGGGGGCGGGGCCGGAAGCUUUAAAGAGACCGCGGGCGGUGACCCGGGAGCCAGAAUCACCGGAGGGGCAGCGGCGGCAGGGGUGGUAGCGGUGGCGGCCGCGACAUCAACGCCGACCUCAGCCACAGCGUCGGCAUCAUGUCCCUGUCGGCUGGGGGCCGGGGCCUGGGGGCCGCGUGGUCCCCGACGCACGUGCAGGUGACGGUGCUCCAGGCCCGGGGUCUGCGGGCCAAGGGCCCCGGCGGCACCAGCGACGCGUACGCGCUGAUCCAGGUGGGCAAGGAGAAGUACGCGACCUCGGUGUCGGAGCGCUGCCUGGGCGCGCCAGUGUGGCGGGAGGAGGCCACCUUCGAGCUGCCGCCGCUGGGGCUGCCCGCCGUGCCCGGAAACGCCGCCACCUUGCAGCUCACCGUGCUACACCGCGCCCUGCUCGGCCUCGACAAGUUCCUCGGCCGAGCCGAAGUGGACCUCCGCGAGCUGCACCGCGACCAGGGCCGACGGAAAACUCAGUGGUAUACUCUGAAAUCAAAACCAGGGAAGAGGGAGAAAGAGCGAGGGGAGAUUGAAGUGGAAAUCCAGUUUAUGAGGAAUAAUAUGACUGCCAGCAUGUUCGACCUGUCAAUGAAGGAUAAGUCCCGGAAUCCAUUUGGGAAACUGAGAGACAAAAUAAAAGGAAAGCGGCAUGAAGAGCCUUCUGACACUGCCUCGGCCAUCGUCCCUAGCACGGUGCACACAAUAGACAGUGAUGAUGACUCUCCUACAAAAGACAAGAAGAAGAAAUCAAAGAUCAAAACCUUAUUUUCUAGGUCUGGUUUGCAGAAAACACCCCUUUCCCAGUCCAUGUCUGUCCUUCCUACAGCUAAGCCUGAGAAAUUGACACUCCACCCAGGAGACUUCCAGUCCCAAUGGGAAGAUGAUAUGGAGGACGAAUCCUCUUCACCCUCCAACAGCAUGUCUCACAGGAGAACAGCAAGUGCAGAUAUCAAACAGCUAAGUCAGAUAAACUUGACCCUUCCUAAGAAAGAAGGAUUGUCCUUUUUUGGUGGCCUUCGGUCUAAGAAUGACCAGCUCUCCCGAUCUAAUGUGUGUAUCAAUGGGAAUCACAUUUACGUAGAGCAGCCGGAACCCAAACAUGAGGCUGUGACAAAGGACAGCACCCCAUCUUCCUCUCCAUCUCCUCAAGGCUUUAGGAAGAAGCAUUUAUUUUCAUCUACAGAAAAUCUGUCUUCCAGACCUUCUAAGGAAUUGGGGGAGUCAGGGAGGAUGUCUCCAGACUGGCAACUCUCUGGGUCUCUCCCAAAAGAUUCUUUGAAGUCUCUGACUUUGCCAUCCUACAGACCAAUUGUUACUGGAGAUGUGAAUGUGGCCCCUGUGAAUACAGACACUGAGAAGGAAAGUAAGGAGAACAAGAAGCAGGAGAACAGGAAGUCCUCUCUGUUGUCUUUGGUCACAGGAAAAAAGGAUGCUCUGAAGAACAGUGAAGCCGAAAGCAGCACUCCUAGUGUCUUGGUGAAGGAGAAAGAAAUCACUCCUAGGGAAGCCACGGCAAAGGAAAAAGAGGCAGGACUUGUUGAAAUUCCAGUGAAAGACCUUGACGAGAAGCCUGAAGAAGACUUGUCAGCCUCUGUCUCCAGACAGAGCAAAUCCCCAAGUCUCACUGAGGAGAUGCCCGGGAUGCAAUCUGGUGCAGAGCCUGAGCCCGAGCUCAAGCCGGAGCCUAAGCCCAGGCCACCAGCUCUUUCUGCAAGGGGGCCCCAAACCAAAGCUGUCAAACCCAGACUGGGAGUGUCUCCAGAGGCUCAAACCAAAGCCAAGCUUCCUUCUUCUCUUUGUGCUUCUUCUCUUCUCCUUUCUGCCACCACUUCUGGUUCUAGCCUUGAUUCCCUACCUUCUAAAGUGGAGCAGGAGACAGAGACAGAAUCCUCAAAAAGCCUUUCUGUCCUUUCCUCUUUCUCACCCCCCACCAUAGGUCCUGUUUCUACCUCUACUCCAAUUGAAAACUGGCCUUUUUCUCAAGAGAGCCAGGCCAGUUCUGAAGGACCUUCUUUCCUUCUUGCAGUGAAAUCUCAAAAAGAGGGUUCAAUUCGAGUUUCAAAUGCUUCUUUUGGUUCCCCGAAAUCACUUGAUAAGCAUUCUCCAUCACGUGAAGGACAUGUCUCUAUAGAAGAGACUGGGGAGGUAGAUGUAGGAAAGAGUAAGGGGAACAGGGAAUCCUCAGGUCCCUCCCUGGAGAUACUGGAAAAUUCAGAUGACAAGCAUGUCACAAAAGAACAGAGAGAAAAGGUCCCAACAUUUCCCCAGGUUAGCGCACCAGAAUAUCUCCUUCCCUCUAAAGACCCCCAACUAAAUAGUACUCUCCUUCAAGAUAGAAGUGGGAGUGGAAGAUGCUGGAUGAAAGGAAGUAAAGAACUUACAUCUUUGUGUGGGUCGUCUUUGGAAGACCAAAUCAGUGAUGAUGGAGUGGUUUCUGCUAAUGAAGGAACUGAGUUGCCUCGUAAAAUGGAAGAUUUGGCCACACCAUUUGACUCUAUGGUUGGAAAAAGCAACUUAACUGGCCUGCAUGAUAGAGUGGGCUGCAAGAAGAUCAAGAAGCAUGUGUCUUUUUCUGAGGAGCUUUUUCCAGAAGAGGAGGUAGAAAAGGAGAAAAACAAGUCUCUAGACCUGAAGUCUAAAGGUGUAGUGAAUGAUACAUUAUCUGACAGAGAACCAGAGGAAAUUAGGAAGAAAAAGAUGACAACUGAACUGAACAGUCUUUCUUCCCCACUAAAGUCAGGAGCCAGGGCUGUUUCUGGACUCAGUCAUGAUGAGCCAGCUUCCAUAACUGAAAUCUUUCUCUCCUCUGCUCCACUUGUUGGUAGUGUGUUGAUGCCUGAAUCUCAUGGGAAGCGUUCUUCAGAAGAUCUAGUGAAGGAAUCCAGUUCAGAAAAGGCCACUCCAUCAUUCAGGAUUGAGCGAUAUGAAAAUUAUAGUGAGAAUUAUCAGAGCAAAGCCAGCGAUCACGAAGGUCUGCUGUCCGACCCCUUGAGAAGUCUUGACUUGGUUUCAGAUCUCAUAUCUCCAGUUAUGGGGGAUCUGAACCUGACACUUCCUUCUAUUCCAGAAGUAACAUCAGAUGAUGAGAGAGUAGAGCAGUUGGAAGAUGUCAGAAUGACUCCAACCACAAAGAAUCAUCUGGAAAAGGAAACACCAUUUUUCAGCUCAUCAGCCAGCUCUUCUGAGGAGGAAAACCUGAGCCUAUCAGUGGGACAGAGCCCUGAUGCAGGGGUAUCCACAUUGUUUCAAGAGGAAGAAAAUGCCCUCCAAGUGGAAAAACCUGAAGAUUUUAACUUCUCCAUGUUGUCUUCCAAGCAGACCACAGCCCUGGGUGUUUGCAAACUGCACCAUGGGGAAAGCUUAGGUUUAGAUAAAGACAUCCCAAUCCCUGAGAGUUUGAAGAAGCAGGAAUGGAGGGUGGAGGAUAACCAUACUGAGGAAAGUAGGGGUCAAAGGCCAUCUUCCCAGGGCUCUCCUGUUUCAGGUCACUCCCUUUCUGAAAACUUUAAUGCAAUACACUCUUUCCCUGGCUCUUUACACUCUGACACUUAUCACACAAAUAGAGCAGAAUCUCCCCAAAAAACAUCAGCAGAGAGCUCGGCUACUAAAGUUGAAAAUUCUGACAAGAGGAAGCAGCUUCUCCGGGCGUGGGUUUCGCCCUCAGAGCCACAUCCAUUCCCAGCUCAUCCAACUGGUGGAACUACUGUGUCUGCCAAGCACAGAACUCAUCCUGUGAAACCAAUGAAUACAACAGCAACAAAGACCCCUCCCACCAGUCUGGGCACUGCUACCAUCAUCAGUGAGAACUUGCUUAAUGAGGCCACUGUAAAGAAAUACAAGCCAUCUGAUCCUGAAUUCGCUUAUACUCAGUUAACCCACGAUGAACUGAUCCAGCUGGUUCUGAAACAAAAGGAAACCAUAAACAAGAAGGAAUUUCAGGUUCGUGAGCUGGAGGACUACAUUGACAACUUGCUUGUCCGAGUCAUGGAAGAGACCCCCAAUAUCCUCCGCUGUCCAGCACAAUUAAAGAAUAAGGCAGGGAAGAUGUGAGUCAUGGCAAUAAAGGAAUGAAAUGAUUUUUUGUGAGUUUGUUUACACCUCCUUUUGAGGUCGUGGACUUUCUGUAUGACAACCAGCAAGUAGGAUCUGAAUCUGAAUCACCAACUAACUUCCUUACAAGUACUCUGGCAAGAGAGUCUAUUCCACUGACUGAAGGCAGGUUAAUUAUGACAGUGAAUCUCUUAAUGUACAUUCCCAGAAUUUUAUUCAAGACACUCUCCCUUUAAGUGCAUAAUAAAUAUUUUAUUUGUACUAGGGGCAUAGUUACAAGAUCUAAUUGAGGAGCCAGAGAUUCCGAAGGCACAGAAAUUUUCUCAUUGAUGCAUUUUGAGCUCUAGGGUUUUCUCACUUCGAUGUUUGGAUUUCUUUCCUUCCUUUCAUGGUGUCAAUCUGUGAGCCUUUAUGGCACAGAGUAGACUCAUUUUCUUGACUUUUAUUAGCCUAGGUGUAGCCUUAGAUGUUAAAUUUUGAUACUUUAACAUUUUUGAUACUGCUUCUUGGGUUUGACUCUGGUUGUUCAUUUAACCUUGGCCAGGAUCAUUUAGGGACUACUUUUUUAAAGUGCCUUGGGGAUAUGCUAAAUGAACACAAACUUCUGGACCCAUAUAUUGUGCUUUGACUAGACCCAUAUGAUCUUUUCGCUGCAGGCCAUGAAAUUAAGAGAUAAAAUAGGGGAAUCUGGUAACACAGCUGUCCUUUAUCCUCUUGCAUAUGGUCAGAGAGACUCAGUAAGAAUUACCGGUAUCUUGAUACCAGGUUCCCCUGGGCAGGAAGAUUAUAGAAUUAUAGAAGGGAAAUUGAGACAGGUUAGACUCUGAGGAGACACUGACAGGUUAAUCCUAGCUCUAAAGUCACAUAGCUGUUAAGAACCAGGAUUAAAGUCUAGGUCUUAACUCAAAAUCCAGCAUUCUUUCCAUAACACCACAUUGAGAGUAUAUUGAUGGUCUGGGUGGCCUGUGUAUCUUCUGUAAAGUUGUGCUUCUGUAGUUCCCACAGUGGCUGCACCCAAUUCUCCAAUUUCCUCAGUAGUCUUAUCUUAAGAAAACAGGGUUUAUGGUGGAGCAUGCCAUAUGGAUCCUAGAGGAUGAGCAAUAUAGAUCAGUCUGAGGGGCCCCAGAGUAAGAGUGCCUCUUGGCCCUGCUUGUAGUGAAAUCUGGCUUGUUUCUAAGUGGUUGAGGAAGUUAUAGCCUUAACGUAUUUAGUAAUAAUUUUAUAAAGCCAAGAGAAACCAGAAGUGACCCAGAUGGUUGAUGCAACAUAAUCUGCCCAUUUUCUUCAGUUCGCUGCUGCUCCUUUCUCUUGGUUCCAUACCAAGGGGGUGAAGAGAAGAAAAGUACAACAGGAAUUCCUGGUAGGAAUUGGAAAAAGCAAGACAAGCAUUCAUUUGUGCAUUCAUAGUUGUUUUGUUAUUUUAAAAACAGAAUAUUUUUUAUAACUCAAGCACAAAACUAGGUCAUUUGUGCUCUUGCGAAUAUUGAUGCCAUUAGGACAUUUCUGUAUUGCACAUCUCAGCUCUAAUGUCUUCCUAUGGCAAGUUUUUUUGUAAGCUUUUAGUAUGUCCAGGUAGAGAGCGAGAUAGUGUCUGACUGUAGUAAAGGUUAUUCAAUUAGAAAUAGAUUGAGUGUAAAGCUGCUCCUAUUUCAAAGUUCAGAGAGUCCAUAGUGCUUGGAUUGGUGAACAAGAAGGAAAUCUCUCCUUUUUUUAAGGAUUGCUUUUGCUGCAGUAUUUGUUAUAUCAGAGCACUUUAAUCUGAAGGGUGGUACUAUAAUUCCAUUUAUCUAAAUAGCUUUUUUUUUUAAAGUAUGAGUGGGUUUGCCUAAAACUGUUAUAUUUAAUCUUCUACAACGACACCAGAGACCACUGGAGGCUUCUCUUCAGAUAACUUGUAUUUUGUAGUGAUGCAGAAUAUAUUUAUAUACACAUACAUAAGAAUCUGUAUCUUCUCUUGAAUUAUGAAAAUGUAUAUGUAUAUGUUUGUUCCCUAUUUUGUUUCUUGCUUUAUGUAAAACUUACUUUUUACUGUGAUGACCCAAGUGUGCUGUAAAGCUUGGGAGGCAAGUUUGUUUCGAAGGGUUUCUCUCUCUCUCUCUCCCUUUUUUUUUUUUUAAGGAGAGGCUGGUAUGGAGACAGUCAGUACUUCUCAUGAUAAGAUGAUUGGUUUGAUAAUCUUUCUUGCUAGGACCUCAGGUAUGUAACAGCAAUUAGUAUUUGAGUAGGAAAACUUCAGAGGAGGGAAAUGGCCCACUGCUACUUGGGAAUUGAGAAGGAGAACGAAGGCAUGUUUGGUUCAAGUGCCUCCAAUUCCUCAACACCGCUGGGAAAAAACUCAUUCUGUAGCAAUACCUCACUAAGCAGUAGUUUGGAGAUCAUCCAAGUAGAUCUCCUGAGGAUCUCCUCUCAUUUAAUUUACGUGCUGGAAAAGCCUUAACUUUUUUUGAGCCGUUAGCAGAGUUUGGCAAGUGUAUAGAAACUGAUUGUAGCCACUUUUUGGGCAGCUCUCAGGGGCUUUUUAAGUAAACCAGUAGAAGAAUGGGGACUUGCCUCCAAGCUGUGUUUUAAAUGGCAGCCUAAUUGAUAUCUAGACAGAGAUGUGUUCUACAUGUCUCAGUGGCAGGAGCUGCUGUGUUUGACAGUGCCCUGAUUGCCUCCUGAAAGGAAUCGGUGCCUUCGUAAGCACCAAAUUCAUUUAGAGAGUCAGACUCCUACAGUGUCAAACCUUUACCCAGAGAAUUUCUUAUAUACCAGUAGUAUAUUCUUAUAUACUACCUUAUAUAUUUUAAACUAGGCUCUCCCCUUUUAUUUACUAUUUUAUUUUGUUGCCUUUUCGGGACACAAUAGAAAGGAGGAAAAGAAAACUUCUUCCCAGGCUGAUGGUGAGAGAGAGAAUGAUAGAAUAUGAAGAUAGAAAGGGAGGGAAGGAAGUAGGGAAGAGAGAGAGAGUGAAAGAAGAAAGUCCCAACAGUGGGGACUAUCCAAAAACUCCGAAACUGUGAAGGAAGGUCCUUGAUGCUUCACAGCCAACAGGAAGAUGCGUAUUAAAGUUAUGGAAGAUCUGACUCAUUUUCUCAGUCACUGAUAAAGUUGAUGCUGCCUCCAGGGCUGAAGGAUUCCUGGCACUAAGCUGAGAAGCUAAUCUAGCUCAUGGGGGACUUCUUACCAAAUCUCACUUCGGGUAUGGUUUCUCAUAGUCUGCUGUAGAGGUUGUUUGUGAAAUGAAAACAAAAUCCUGAAGGAUCGCCUGGUAUCUUUGGAUUAUAUAGUGUUUGUGCUUAAUGCUGCCUGCGUUGUUACUUUGGGACCUUUGGAUUUCUCUGAGAACACUAAAUAAAAUGAUCCUGUUCUAAGUAA